AUGACCGAGGUGGAACCCGUGCUGGACUUCGCCUCCUCCAGCAGGACAGGACGGCGCAAUGCCCUGCCCGACAUCCUGGGCUCCCCCGCCGGCGUCAGCCCCUCCGACCUGCCCCUCAAGCUGGCCGAGAUGUCCCUGAACGCGGGUAGCGCCCAGGACAUGCAGUCGCCCUCGGCGGAGGUUCCCCCUCCGCAGCCCCCCAGCCCGGAGCUGAAGGACACCUCCUAA